AUGCCACUAGUGCGAAGUGUCGUUUGCCGGAGUUUAGAUCAAACGAAGAUCGAAUCUGAAAUACAGAUUCCGCCAGAUUUGAUCCGAAUCGAGUCUGGAUUCCUACGAAACGAAUUGGAAUGGGGUCUUUGCGUCGAGGAUUGCGAGAAGGAACUGGCUGAAGUUAGCGAGACUGAUCGUCAACAGUUGUACUAUCCGAAGUUUACUAGUAAGCACAGAUUCACGGUUCCGUCCGAUUACUGGAAGAAUGAAUUUGAACCGUAUAAUCAGACCUAUGGAAAACUGUUGAAUUCAUGCGUGAACAACCGACUGAAGCGGGACCACAACUUCACUCAACUUGGCUAUUCGGAAAUUAUGUAUUGCACCAGUGAAGAGUCGUUGAAAAACCGGAGCGCAGAUUGGCUGACAGUUUCGUUUCUAGCAAUUCUAAUUACAAUCACAUUAGUUACAUUAGGCACCACUGCAAUAGAUCUGUUUGCUGACUGCUCUCUCAAAGAUAAUUUAAUUGUUACGUCCUUCUCAAUUCAACGAAACUGGAAUCGACUGUUAAAGGAAUCGAAGAGCAAACUUUAUCAAGAUUUCGGAUAUAUUGACGGACUUCGAGUAGUGAUCAAUAUCUAUACGUUGAUUGUGCAUUGUACGAUUAUCGGCUUAUUCAUUCCAUUAAAUAAUCCAGAGUUCGUGGAAAAGUGGACGAAAACCCCUUUCCUGCUCACUUUGGGCGAGACAGCACCGGUAAGCGUUCAAAGCUUUUUCGGCAUAUCCGGGAUGCUGCUGACAGUUAACUUCCUGAAGGAUAUUGAAAAGAAACCCCAGAUUGAUUCUAAAUACUUCCGAUCAAAGAUAAUAAAUCGACUUAUCCGUUUGUUGCCCGUAUACUAUUUCUUUCUCCUGCUGACCCUGAUCGAAGAUGGCCUACCGAAUAUGGAUUUGAGACUCAACGGCUUCAAAGCCAUCUUAUUGGAACAGCGAAUAUGCUGGAGAUAUGGAUGGAAAAAUUUUCUGUUUCUGCAUAAUUUUCCAUCGGAUGAGGAAAUAUGUUUCAUUCAUGGUUGGUAUCUGGAUGCGGAUCUUCAGCUAUUUCUCGGAACUUUGGUGUUGCUGGCCCUCGUAUGGAAGUUUCCCCGGAAAGUGAAAGUUUUAUUAUGGACGAUGGCGAUAGUGUCGAUAAUCAUACCGGCAAGUGUGGUUUACUACCAGCAACUGGAACCGGUGAUUCCCGUAAGGUUAAGGUAA